ACAAGAACAGAAGAUCUUGCCGAAGAAGAGGACACAAAAAUGCCACGGCUGUCUGGGACAAUCUCUCUCUCCUCUUCUUUAAUUCUCAAAAAAACCAAUAACCUCAAAGAAAUCCAGAAACAAAUUCAAGCAUGGAUUACUACAAGGUCUUGGGUAUAAACAGAACCGCAACAAAAGAAGAAAUAAAAGAAGCAUAUCGAAGAUUAGCGUUAGAACUCCACCCAGACAAACACGCACGAUCAUCAAAUCCUGUAAGAGAGAAAGCCACCCUCAAAUUCAAACAAGUCUCUGAAGCUUACGAAAUUCUUAGAAACGAUAAAAAACGUGCUGAUUACAACUUUCGGUCCUCUUAUUCUUCUUCUAAUAAUCACACGGGAAGGAAUUAUUAUAGUAAUAAAAAUUAUUAUAAUCGUGGGGGCUAUGGAUAUUAUCAUAAUUAUGAUAAUAAUGAUUAUGAUUCGAGGUUUUAUAGGUAUACAAAGUCUGGGUGGAGCUCAAAAUUGGAGAAUUUGAUCAAGUUCAUGACCAGUCGUGCGUUUCUUCUCAAUGCAGCUUUUGGCUGUGCCUUACUUGGUGGGUCCGUGGUGGUGGAUAUGGGAAAGGAAGCACUGUGGAAUAUGCACAAUUCAGGGAAAUCAUUUGAGGAUGCCAUGGAAUCUAUCAAGAAAGCUAGAGCACAUAGAGAUGAGGAUGAGGAUGAGGCUUGAUAGCCAAGAGGACCAUGUUCUUUGAUUUCUACUAAUGAAACCAGAAACUUUUCUUGCAUGAUUGGAGAAUAAGUACGAGCAUGGGAUUCCAAGACCUGUCUUCAACCAUAAUAUAUCUCCAGAAUUUAGUGAAUUAUCACAUUUUUUUUCAUCAUUGAAAGAUCCAUAGAUCGUCUAUUGGCCCUUAUUUCGUACAGGAGAUGCUUCAAAUACAUCCCAGGGGAUUUUGUAAAUACCCCUUUCCGGAUCAAGAUUUGUAAACAGAGUUGUACUUGUGUGGCUGGUAUCCAGCCCUCGAUGUUAUAUAUGCUUAAAAUAAUCCUCAUUAUUUUGGUUCUUCA